ACUGCCGUGGGUUAAAGGUGGAGCUGGGGUGCUUUUCCUGGUGGCUGGAUCCCCUUGCUCUCAGACAAGCCUCAACUGACUCCUCUGACUCAGCUUUGCCUCCCAGAUCCAACCAGCCCCAGCAUCUUCCACCCCCUCAAGCAUCUGCUGGGGAUUAAUGUUGUUUUGCCGGGUGUUGGCAGCUCAGGGUCAAGCUCAAGGUCCCUCAGGAGCUGCUCAGCCUCUCCCUACCCAGGGCUGACCUGACACACCAGGGACUUGAGAGGGGCUGGAGGAUUCACAUGCUUUCUCCUCAGCUCCUCCCCACCUACAUCACUGUCCCCAGGGCUUUCCUCCUCUGGGGUGCCAAGGUCACUGUCCCUUCCCAUUCAGCAGGUGCAGGGUGGUCUCCCUGGGGAGGAUCAGGGUGACGAGCCUGAGCUUGGGGACCCCAAGGUGAAGGUGAUGCUUACCCAGGUUGUUGAUGAGAGCAGUGCCUGCGGGGGUGUCUUGGAGCCCCCAGACUCCCCAGUGCUCUGCAGGCAGUGAGGGGCCCUGAAGGAGGCCUCUCUGCCCUGAGCUUUUUCUCCCUGGGACAGGGGACCCCAUGGAUGACGACCAUCCCCUCUUCACCACCUUCAAGGCCUUUGGUGAGGACAACAGGGCCAGAGCUGAGCCAGCACCCAACACACCCCCCGUGCAGCUCCAGAGGGCAGAGCAGUCACUGAGACACCACAACAGACAUGGCAGGGUCCCUCCAGGCUUCUGGGCACCUCCAGCAGCUCAGUCCCCACCUGAGGGGGACCCGUGGCCAGAUCGGGUGGCCCUGCGUGCCCGGACGAGGCUGUGGUUUGAGCAGACACAAGCCCAGAGGCUGGGGCCCGAGGGGGAGCUCCCCACCUGGUUCCACGGCUUCAUCAGCCGCAGGGAGGCAGAGGAGCUGCUGCAGGAUCAGCCCCUGGGCUGCUUCCUGGUCCGCUUCAGCGAGAGCACCAUCGGCUUCGUCCUCUCCUACAGGGGCAGGGAUCGCUGCCGGCACUUUGUCCUGGAGCAGCUGCCGGACGGGCGAUACGCGAUCCUGGGGGAGCGCAGCGCCCACCCCGAGCUGGCCGAGCUGCUGCGGCACCACGCCACGGUCCCCGUCUCGCCGUACCCCGAGUUCCUCACCGUGCCCCUGCCCUGCGGACGGAAAGACGAGCCCCGAGGACGGACAGAGCGCCCAGCUGGCAGCGAUGCUGCACAUUCCCCACUGAGCCAAGCACCAGCAAAGCUCCCCGGGUACAGCCCUGCGUCCCUGGAGUCCCUCAGAGCCGAGGGCGGCUCCGCCAGGGAGGUGCGUAAAGAAGCCCCGAGCCCCGAGCCCCUCGAGGCCAAGUACCAGCAGCUCAUGCGUUUCCACGUCUAUGCCGAGCCCCGCGAGGACAUCGCCCCCAGCACCCCCACCCGCUGCGAGCCCGAGGGGCCCAUCCCCGAGGAGCCCAUCCCCGAGGAGCCCAUCCCCGAGGAGCCCAUCCCCGAGGAGCCCAUCCCCGAGGGGCCCAUCCCCGAGGAGCCCAUCCCCGAGGAGCCCAUCCCCGAGGAGCCCAUCCCCUUCUAUGCCAUGGCCCGGGGCUGGAGCCCCCGUGCCAGCCCCAGCGAGAACAUCUACUCUGAGGUGGCGCUGGCCCGGCAGGAUGUGCCUGCUCGGCUCCCCAUGGCACUCCAAAACACCUUCUCCACUCUGCCCUCCAAACCCCGGCCCCACCGCCGGCUCUUCCGCAGCAUUUCCAGCCAGGACAGCAAGAGGAGGCAGCUGUCGGUGGCUCCCAGCACAGGCACACAGGUCAUUCUGAACCCUGAGCUGGAGUUGGAUGAUGCCGUGUACAGCCAGAGCAGCCACAGGGAGCAGCAAACCACGGCCACGGCUGAGAACGUAAGGCUGAAAGUGGAACACGAGCUCUUGGAAUUCCCCCUUGAUGCUAAACCUGAGCUAAAGCAAACAAGAAACGGAAUGGGGAACCUGGAACUUCCAGCCCCCACACUGCAAACUCCCCAGGCCAAGAGGGUACCUGGAUGAGGAUCUGAGCCCCUUGUGAUGGAAACAGGGCUGGGUGGGUUCAUUUAGAAGUAUAUUCCUUUACCAAAUCUCUUCUGGGAGGAUUUCACUGUACAUACAAGAUAUGAAUAAAUUACUCAACAGUAA